AUGAUAGCAUUACCGUAUGAGUUGCGGUCUGCUGUCGACGAUCCGCAACAGGGCCAGAAAGACUCAACCUUGACAUUGCCGCGACUGCGGUUUCAGGACUCUUUCGUGUCGGCGCUGUCGCGCGAGUCACGCGGCUGCCGACAGGCAGCCUGGGAAGGUUUGCUCGCCUGCAUCCAGGCUCGACGCUGCUUGCAGAACUGCUACGUCUUGAAGUACCACUGGCCUUCGGAAAGCUGGCGGCGAAGUCGCCUGCAAACCUGGGUGCCAGAGCUGGAGGGUCUUGUCGGUGCCUUGGAGUCGGCCUUGGGCCUGACGAUGCUGGAAUCACAGGCCAUUCGGGCAGGCUUCCCUGCCGAUGCCGCAGCUGCAGCAUCUACGAACGUUCCAAAGUUGCCUCAACAACCUCGGGACGUGGUGCGCCUGCUCGAUUUGAGGCAUCUGCUUCCACAAGCGAUUGCAAUUUCUGAGGCCAUGGGUGCACUACGCCAACUGGGGACAGCCGUGUCUCUGCAGACCGCUCGGAUCUUAUCCGCUGGGCGAACUGGAUUUCCAGAAGUCGGAUACUUCGAAGACGUGUGGAAUAACUUCAACCCGGAGCGGUUCUGUGAUGUGACGCCGCUGGACGGCACCAAGUCCAAGCUGGCGGCUGUGAUGUUCCUCGUGAUCUACGAUUGUCUGAAUCCAUCUUAG